CCGGGCUGUGGAUUGCUUUACCCCACUUCAACAGCGUGUAAACUGUCGUCUUGCGAGGAGGGGGCUAUACAGAGCUCUACAGUAUAUUUCAGGAGACGUUGCAAUCUUCCUGUCCAAUCAUCUUCAAUCUAUUUGCACGCUACGGGACUCGAGGCAGCCCGAAGAUAGCCUUGCGAAGGCCCAGCACCCCUUCUCGACAGCAGGAGGCCAUGAUAGCAGCUGAUACCGUCGGACUCCAUCCCACCUUAUCGACCAUGCACACGUCCCGCAAGCGCCGACUGACAGGCCGUCAGCUGAUAGCGCGCUAGAGAGAAGGCAGAUGCAGCCCUCCGGUGCUCCUUGAUCGCUCCCUCAUCCCCUCUCACCCGGUCGCGGCAAAGAGGACGCGCGAUGUCCAAGCAACCCGCGCCCGAGAACCCCAAGCCGGAGGCGACGGUGACGGCGGUCGUGGAUGAGGCGGUCGACUCGAAGUCGGAGUCGGACGUGAGCCGGCCUGGGGGCAUACACUUCGUCUCGACAAUCUCGAAGGACGAGCCGGUGGUGACGAGGAGGGAGCUGUGGAGUUACUACAUGUACUACAAUGGUGACAAUGGUGUGGGGCCAAAUGGAUACUCCAUGACCCUCUUUCAAUCGCUGGCCUAUUCGGCCGGGUAUGACCCCGUCAAGGGCCCCGGCUCGAGCUGCAACGCCGACGACGCGUCCGGACAGUGCGUCGUACCUUGGGCUGGAGGGACGAAGUCCGUCUCGAGUGCCGUCCUCGUCGCGAACGGCGUCAGCUUCGCUGUCAUGACUCUCAUCUUCACGACCAUCGGCUCGGCGGCAGACUACGGCACAUUCGGCCGCUGGCUCCUCUUCGCCGUCACCGUAGUCUGCUGGGCCGCGCAGUAUGCGAGCAUGAGUCUCACAGAUCCCUCCCGCUGGGGCAUCGCCAUGUUCCUCUACAUGGUCGGCUUCAUCAGCUACGGCGCCACCCUCGUCUUCUACGCCGCCGUCUUCCCCCGCCUCGCGCGCAACACCGCGCACGCGCGCGAUCUGCGCGAGAAGUACGACGCGGGCGAGAUCGCGCAAGAAGAGUACGAGCGCGAGGAGAGCUUGGAGAAGAAUCGGAUUAGUAACAUUUCGACGAUGCACAGCAAUAUCGGCUACAUCGUGACGCUAUGCUUGAACCUGUCGCUCCUGCUGCCGCGCGCGAGCGACAGCAAGGUUAACAACUAUGUUAUCGUGCUCACGAACUCGUACUGGGUCCUGACGGGUAUAUGGUGGUUCAUCUACCAGCAGCCUCGCCCGGGACCUCCCUUGCCGAAGGGCGAAUACUACAUCACCGUCGGGUGGAAGCAGAUCUGGCACGCGCUCAAGCAGUACCGCAAGCUCCCCUUCACCUUCGUGUACCUCUUCGCCUUCUUCCUUCUCGCGGAUGGCCUCAACACCACCGGCACGCUCGUCUCCAUCUGCCAGAACGACAAGUUCGAGUUCAGCUUCCUGCAGAACACGUACCUGGGCCUCUCGCAGGCGAUCACGUCGACAAUUAGCACGCUCGGCUUCUGGUACAUUCAGAAGUACUGGAAGAUCAGCACGAAGAAGAUGUUCAUCGUGACGAACGUGGUAACCAUGAUGAUACCGCUUUGGGGGAUGAUAGGUAUCUGGACAGAGAAGCUCGGCUUCCACAACGUCUGGGAGUUCUGGGCCUACAACGUCCUCUUCGGCCUCUUCCAAGCCCCCUACUACGCCUUCUCCCAAACCAUGAUGGCAGAGCUCACCCCGCCCGGCUUCGACAACAUGUUCUUCGGCCUCUUCGGCCUGAGCAACCGCGCCUCCUCCAUGAUCGGCCCGAACGUCAUCCAGGCGAUUAUCGAUAGGUCGGGGAGCAACUGGUAUGGGUUCCCGUUCCUCUUCGCUCUGUGCGUGUGCGCGAGCGUGGUGAUUUGGUUCGGCGUGGAUGUGGAGAAGGGGAGGAGGGACGCGGUGGCGUGGGCGGAAGGGGUGAGGAAGGAGCAAGCUGGGGAAGGCGAGGAGAGCGCGAAGGAGUUGUAGGAUGAAGUGCACAUAGUUUUCGCGGGUUUAUGUGUUGUACGACAAGUUCACGAUAUAUCAUGGCCGAGGGUUGAGUCUAGUGAACGCUUUGCUUGACUUGACGAGGAGGUAGAUGAAGGUGAGGAUGAUUACGGAGGAAGUGCCGAAUUCGACGACCGGAGCGUCCGUGGACUGCCCGAGCGGUAGGCGAGCUACUUCUCCCUUAUGCGCAUUCGUUGACAGAAGG